CCGGAAGCGUGGAUUGAAUUGCAACAACCAGCCAACACGUCGGCUCUAACCUUUGGAAUUCUCUCGACACGCCGGGACAGCCUGCCCCAGCUAUGACGAAUGUUUCUAAAGCAUAUCGACUUGACAACCGCUCUGCGGCCCUCGUACCUGCCCGAUGAAGACUUAUUGUUUGUGCAAGACAAUGUUGGGUUAUAUGAGGGGAAAUUCAAGUUGCCCAACCAUCAGAACGGCCAGGUCUAUUUGACCUCGCAUCGAAUCUGCUAUGUCGACAAGGCCGAGCCGAGGAAGCACUCUGUGGCCCUCGACCUCAAGGAUGUGGACCGCUUCGAGUUCUACGGCGGCUUUCUCAAGUCAUCAGCUAAAAUCACGCUGAUUCCAAAACCCACAAAGCGCCCCGCUCUUCAACCACGAUCUCCCGGCGACCCUUCGCGCAGCAGCACUUCCUCGCCAACCCAACAGCUAGAUGGCCCCCUCAGAAUAUCUUCGGUUGAUCCGCCCCUGGCAACCGCGGCAACAUGGGUGUGCACCAUUUGUAGCUUCUCGAACCCUCUACCUUCCAACUUCGAUCCGACGACCGCCAACGCGCACACGCCGCUUCCGCCUUGUCUUGCCUGCGGCAUCAAGCCGACCCUGACGCACCUUCUCAAGGCCGCGAUAUCCAAUGCAACCAGCAGGCAACCUAGCAGCCCGGCGCUGCAGACUCCCCUGCCGCUGCGGCCGAAGACGCUUCCCGGGGCCUCAUCUACUGACAGGAGCGCAUUGGAACCGCCCCCUCUCCAGAAACCCCAACAUCUGAGCCCAGACCCUGAUGCGUCGUUCCAAUGCCCGCGCUGCACCUUCCUCAACCACCCUUCGUUGCUGUCCUGCGAGAUGUGCGGUGCCCCCCUGAUCUCGCACGACCUUCCCGCGGAGCUCACGUCGCAGGCCCGGGCGCAGACCGAGUCUCCCGGGCCGUUUCUGAACUCCUUGGGCGCUGCACCUCCAGGCUUCGAGAACCUCGAAAGCAUAAAGCUUUCAUUCCGAGGCGGCGGCGAGAAGAUCUUCUACGAGCGACUCAAAGGCUCCAUGACGCAGCGAAAGUGGCUUCUCCACGGCGCACCGCCCAUCCCCAAGUCGUCUCGUCCCGGCGACCCCACAAGCAGCAACGGCCUCACCGCCGGGCACGGCAGCGGUACGUCGAGGGAGCGGCCCAAAAUCGGCGGCAUCGCCGGCCUUGAGCAUCGCGGCCAGGCAAUGCGCAAGAACAACGAGCUCAUGAUUGGCGGCGCCUUUGAGGACCUCGAAGCGCUCAUGGCCUCAGCCAAGGAAAUAGUGGCGCUUGCCGAAGACUUUGCCCGCCAGGUUAAGGGCGCCUCGGGCGGCUCGAGCGCCAGCGAGAACGCGCUACUUGCCGACUCGGUCAGCCAGCUCGGCCUCAUCACCACCAAGGACAUUGUGGGAAGCGGCGGCGGCGGCGGCGGCAGCGACUCGCUGUAUCUCUCCGAGCUGGCACGCACCCUGGCCGAGUUCCUGACGGAUGAUCGGAGGGGCGUGCUGAGGAAGGCGGGCGGCAUCAUUUCGUUGGUGGAUCUGUGGGCCAUGUUUAACCGCGCCCGGGGCGGCGUCGAGCUGGUUAGUCCAGCCGAUUUCGAGAAGGCGGCGAGGUUGUGGGAGAAGCUGGGGCUGCCUGUACGGCUGAGGACAUUCAAGUCGGGCGUCAUGGUAGUACAGGGCCGUGACCGCACCGACGAGACGACUAUCAAGGCGCUUCUUGCCUGGCUCAGGGAUCUGCAUGAGUUUCCGCCUGAGAGGGAGGUGCCAUGGGACUGGCGCAUGUUUGGGCGUGGGGUCACUGCUCGGGACGCUGCCGAGAGGUUCGGCUGGAGUAUCGGUGUUGCAGAGGAAGAGUUGGAGAUGGCUGAGGAGAGAGGCGUGCUGUGUCGUGAGGAAGGCAUCGAGGGGCUGAAGUUCUGGGAAAACUUCAUCGAUACCGGUGAGGGAAAGGGGUACAAAGAUCCGGCGAAGCAAAGGGACGACCUCAUCCUCCAGGCGUUGCAAAAGAGCGGAUUCUUAUGAAAUUCAUCUUAUUGGAGCGGUCGAGUAUAUAUAUAUGGCUUCAUCGC